AUUCCUUAUUCCUUUGGUGGUGAGGUGAUUGGGGACGGUGCCACGGAAGCAGUUCCGCAGAAUGGGCAUAAACGUAAGCCGCCAGGUUGAGCUGAGUGAGAACGAAUAUCUGCAGCGCUUUGUCGGCAAAACCCACGUCCCGGCAUACGAUGACGACUUUUGGAACAACUUCCUACAAUACCACAUCAAUCUGCCCACGAAUAGCCAAGAGCAGCUGAGUCUGGAUUCGCGGCUGGAAACGCUUUGCCAGAGCUUCAUCAGCCACAAUCUGCUGACCGGGAACUUCGGUUCGCUGGUUAACGUGUUCCUGUUGAAAGUUUCGGAACUGCUGACGUUAUCGGACGCCGAAAGCAAUGUACACAUCUGGCAUGCGUUCAACGCGCUCUUCAUCAUCCGCUGCCUGGUGAAAUAUAUGAUCGAAACGGGCUCGGAGUAUCAGCUGUUGCAGCACUUCGAAGCACUGCCCGCACAAACGCCGGAUAGCGAUGUUCCGUCGGGUGCGGCGCCUGAUCCGAACACGCAUGCUAUUGCGAUCGACGCGCGGGUCGUGGAGGAAACGCGAGCCGCCGUAGCGAAGCUGGUCGAUGGAACUAAGUUCGAAACGUUUCUCGAAGCGCUGGUCAACAUCAUCGUCGUGAUACCGGUGAAGGAAUUCACAUAUCAUCUUCACCUGGAAGCGGUGAACUGUAUGAUCAUUCUCCUUUCCGUCAGCCUGUUCUCGCAGCACGCGAUGGAAAAGUCAACCAUCUAUCGGGCGAUCUAUCGGUGCCAGCAUGCCAACACGCUAAUGAGCGCCCUGUUGCAUUUCCUGAGCCGUAUGAGCCAAUCCCCGCAAACCAUGUUCGGUUUCGGGACGGGCGGUUCGUUCGUGUUCGGUAUCGCCGAGUCGCUUUGGUCGAUACUGACGUUUGCACGCAAGCAACCCGAUAUACUGACCGCACACGAUCUUCCAAGCGCGUUUCGGGAGCACUACCCGCUGGCUAACCAGAGUUUGCUGCUGAUCCUGAUCCUCACCAAUCACCACGCGACGAAAGACAACCCGUACCGGAUCAGCUUGUUUGGAUGUUGCGAUUCACAAGAUUCUCCCAAGGAUGAACCGGCAACGUUCAAGAUCGAUUUCUCUUCCCUAUACAACACACUGUGCCGAAUAGUGACCAUCGAUCAGGCCACCCUGCUGCUGUAUCUGUUGCUCUAUCGAAACCAAAGAUUUCACAAGUAUGUGAUGGCACAGUCGAACCUACAGCAGCUUGUUAUUCCGAUUCUACAGACCCUCUACAACGCUCCAGACAGUACGUCACAUCACAUUUACAUGUCGCUAAUUGUGCUGCUCAUUCUGAGCGAGGACGAUAAUUUCAACAAGAGCGUUCACCAGACAAUGCUAAAGAACGUCACCUGGUACACGGAACGUUCGAUCAGUGAGAUCUCCCUCGGUGGCCUAUUGAUACUGGUCGUCAUCCGGACGAUUCAGUACAACAUGUUAAAGAUGAGAGACAAGUAUCUGCACACCAACUGUCUCGCCGCCUUGGCCAACAUGUCUGGCCAGUUUCGCUCCCUACACCCGUACGUCGCCCAGCGGUUGGUGAGUCUGUUUGAAACGCUAGCCAAGAAGCACGCACGACUGGAUCAACAGCUCAAAAAUCCCGAAGCUAACGGUGAUACGGACGUCUCGAUAUCGAUGGCAGGCGCAUUGACCUCUGAAGACAUGUUGCAGGAUCUUUCGGUGCUAGAGGAAGUGCUCCGCAUGGUGCUGGAGAUACUAAACUCCUGUCUGUCCCAUCAGCUAGUGUACUGUCCCAAUCUGGUGUACACACUGCUGUACAAACGCAGCGUCUUCGAGGCCUUCCGAAGUCAUUCGGCAUUUCAGGAUAUCAUACAGAACAUUGAUAUGGUGGUAGGAUUCUUUUCAUCGCGGCUGCAACGGGUACAGGACCAACGUGGUGAGCUGGGCGUGAACGAGGUGCUGGAAGUUAUAUCGAAAGGUGCUAGUCAGUGGUCUAGUGAUCGAUUACGGAAAUUCCCCGAUCUGAAGUUCAAGUACGUGGAGGAAGAUGCGCCAGAGGAAUUUUUCAUACCCUACGUCUGGACCCUCGUAUGUAAGGCUGGCUGUGUACACUUUAGUUCCGAAACCAUCAAAGGUGUCACGACGGAUAUCGUUUGUUAACGUUUGGUAUUUUGAAUUAAUUCUAUGCUGCAGAGCGCUAUUGAUCAUGCUACUGAACUGCACGAUGCAGUUGCGGUUUUUCAAUUCUUUUUCAACUUUUAAAAUGCAUUCCCACAAGAAGCUGCUUAUUGGAUUUUUUUGCGCCGCAGUCACGCUCUUACUGGGUUAUGACCUCUCUUAUGCAAUUUGUUGUUGUUUUUUUGUGUUCGUGAAUAAUUUAUCAAUUUUUAUGAAAUGUUUUCGUGUUGGUGACCGUGUAAGAAACGAUCGAACUCUGGGCUCAGCAGACCAACGGCCGUAUGCACCUUGGCAGCAAAACCGGUAAGACUGGAACAUACGGGCUACAGUAACAGGCAAUAACGAACCCUUUACAGCGAGGGCAUGAUAAUAAUAACUUCCAACACUCUCUGCGUUCUUAAGACGAGACUUAUUUGCGCUCAGCAGAGUGUUGUUGUGAGAGGAUAAACUUUAACGAAGGAAAGCUACGCGCAGGGAACGAUGGACUCGAAUGAAACGCAAGCAAGGUUGGGGCAGGAUGUUUAGAAUAUUCUUAAAUUGCAAAGAAAGCUUAACAAGUCGCUUCGUGACACUCUGCCACAAAUGAAGCGCCAAAGCGCAUGUAACCGUGCAGGGCAAUGUGCAAAGUUAGGAAUGUGAAGGAAAACGUUAAUCGCGUUGCAUUAGAAGCGCAUACAAAUGAAAAAAAAAACAAAUUAAAAUUAUUAACCAAACGAAAAAAUUUAAACAACCGAAAAGAAACUGUACCGCGUGGGGCUCAUUUCUUCCACAUGAUGACCAUUC